UCAUACUGGUGCAGAAGGCAAGGUGCACUAGGUGUCCACAAGAUUUCUGGGACCGGGCACGGUGGGAUUAGCUCCCUAGGAAAGAAAGCAAUGAGGCUCCGCCCUGGGACAGAAUCCCAGGGAGCCCCCAAGGUAUUGGAUGGGCAGGACAACACAAAAGCCACGUAAAGACACUCGUCUUUCCCGGAGGAAGUUCACCACCCCAGCCUCAGAGUGGGCAAGCAUGUGUUACACAUCUGCUCUGGAUCCUUCCAUAUCUUCUCCCGCUCGCACCCUCAUCCAUGUAGAACGACAGACUUUGGGCACUCCCUUGCUUUGUCUCUCCUCACUUCACUGAGCUGUUGCUUCAGUAUCCACUUAAAGGCUAAUUCCGUCCUAACGCAGCUCUGUUUCCCUCUCCCACACUUACAGGACAUGCCCACACCACCCUGAGAGAGGCCAUCAGAUUAAGCUUCUCUACCAGAUUCUGGAGGGAGGACAUCACCACAGGCUGGGGAGCAGGCCAGAGACGACCAGCAGGGAAGAGUUCCCACCACAACCCAGGGAGUCACCCUGUCCUGAUCAGAACAGCCCCAGAGUUCCAUCGCCAUGGACUCUGCAGAGUAUGUGCUCUGUGGCUGGAAGGGCCAGCUGUGGCCUGCAAGGGUGUUGACCAGACCCAGGACCUCGGCCCAUAGUAAGAAGAGAGGGGCCUCUUUCCUGGAGGUCCAAAUUCUCUCUGUUGGUGAGAAGACCAGAGUGAGGAGCACCGAGGCGAGGCCCCUAACCAAGUCUGAAAUCGUAACCAUCGCCUCCUUGGCCGGAGAGGAGUCAUGGGGCAAUGGCUCGCCAGGGCAGACCAGGGCAUAUAGAAGAGCCCUCAAGGUGGCACUGGAUGUGCUGGGCGAGGGAACCCGCUUGUAUCAAGGAGAAAGGGAAGGUGGCCGAAGAACCAGCACAGCAGCUCCCACGGUUCCGAAACAGGAGACCAGCUCCAGCCCACACCAGUGUCAGCACUCCCAAGGGGGCAACCAGAAAGGCCAAGGGCUCUCCCACAGGAGUCCUGGGAAGCGAGGCCGCCCAGGACUUGUGUUGAUGGGCUCAUGGAAUGAGCCUGCAGUGCAAGGGGGGAAAGCCCAGGCGCACACUGCUGUAGAGCCCCCUUACUUUGAAAUGCAAGGGAAUAUGUUAAGGGGCACCAGAGUAUGGCCAAGUUCCUGCAAGACGCCAACAGGAAAUGCUGGUGAUAAUCCUGGCAAGAGAAAGUUGAGUACACCCAAGCUCAGGGCUUUGAGCACCCGGGCCUCUAGGGAUGGUGCCCGGGCUAACAAUGAGCAUCGGCCUGCCUCUGGGCCCCCGAGACACGCCUCUUCCUUGCCCAAAGCUCUCAGGCAGCAAGUACAGUGUGGCGGCCUAGAGAUCCCAGCCAUUGGAGCCCAAAGGAAGAAGACCACCCUCCCAGAGAACAAGGAGGACCCCGGCCCGCAGACCCGGAGGCCAGACUCAGAGGGGGCAUCGGCAGCCUGCGUGCUUCCAGUCCCGAGACUGCGAAGAUCAGCCCGCAUUGCUGUCAGGAAAAGGAAGAUCCAUGUGCUGUGUGCACAAUGUGGGCUCUCAGGACUGGAAACUCGAGUGCACUCCAAGGUGCGUAAUGCCAGGGUCAAGAGGAGAGCCGCUGGAGUUCAGGAAGACUGCCAAGCCACCAGUGUGGCCUCUGCCCAGGAGACGAAUACCAUCCAACGAGGAAUGCUGGUCUGGUUCAAAUUCCAGGACCACCCUUUCUGGCCGGCGGUGGUCAAGAAUGUCAGCAAGAACGACAAGACGGCCAGAGUGCUGCUGAUCGAGGGCAACAUGCAGUUUGAGCGCAGGGGUGUCCGCGUCCCUCUCCGCAAGCUGAAGCUCCUGGGCUGUGGGGAGAAAUUAUCACUCCUGCAGAGAGCCAGCAAAGUGUACAGCCAGGGCAUCAACUGGUGCCUCUCGGUGAUCGACCGCUACAGAGAGGACCUCGCCUGUGGCUCCUUCCGGGGCUCCUUUAUGGACUACUACACCGCCCGAGCCAGUUACCCGCUGAGGAGAGCCAUUCAAGAGGGCGACCUGCGCAUUGAUUUCCCCAAGGUGAGCUAUGCCGACUUGGAAGACUGGGAGGAGGAGACCGCCCCCGGUGGGAAGAGGCCCCGCAAGAAACUCCUGCCUGACCGCAUGAGAGCCGCUUGGGACAGAGCCAACCAGAAGCUCGUAGACUUCAUCGUGAAGAAAAAGGGGGCUGACCAGCACCUGCUGGACAUCGUGAAGGGUAAGAAACCAUCCAGGUGGCUGGACGACCUCUGGAAAUCAAAGAGGGAAGUCUUCUGCAUUGAGACCUACCUAGAGGAUGAGGACCAGUUGCAUCUCGUGGCCACACAUUUGCAAGAAAUAUCCAAGGAAGCAUACCAGGCCCUGCUCUCGCUGGCAAGAGGAGACCAAGUCCGGCUCACCACGGAUGUUCUUCUUCCAGAGGCAAUCAUCUUCUCCAUCGCUGCCCUGGAUGAGCUCAGCUACAAAGAGGCAGAAGAGAAGUACCUGCGAGGCCCACCUCUGCACUAUCGUGAAAAAGAGCUCUAUGAGAAGACCAUCCUAAAGGCGGCCCGGAAGAGGUCAGCAGCCAGGAUUGGGGCUGGCAGGGACCCUCCUGCGCCCACUCCUUAGAAGGGAGCUUCCCCCUUUCAGCCUUCACCCCCUGCAGCUCCACCUCCAAAAGAGAACCAUCUGGGAGACUGUGGGGCUUGCUAUGACCGC